AUGAUCCUUUCUGCCGCGUUUCUGCCUUGAAUUCUAUCCCCAAUGGCCCGCGACUCGAAGGAAACUGCUGCCCCGCAGCCGCCCAUGUACGAAUCGCAUGAGGAACGGUACAAAGAAAUUGCGGGAAAUGCGUCGGACCACGUUAAACAGGCACUCGCCAUCGGCCUGAACGUCUUCAUGGGCGGCGGCCGCGGAUUUGCGGAUGCUAUUGGCGGACGCCUCAGAAUUGUGAGCGCGGAUGUAUUCAGGAAGGCAGACGAACCAGAAAAACUGGAGGGCAAAGUCGUGUGUGAGAUUGACGUGGAACAAGAUAUGGUAAAUGGAGGCGGAAACGUACACGGAGGGUGUUCUGCAUAUCUUAUCGAUUUAUGUUCUACACUUCCCAUCAUAGCGCUUUCUCAGUCGACAGAACGAGGAGGGAAUGGUGGUGUUUCACAGGUCAUAGACGUGGUAUACCAUUCACCCGCAAGAAUCGGCGAUCGUCUACGCAUAGUCAGUACAACGAUGUCGCUCGGAACACGGGCCAUGUCUGCACGGUGCGAGAUCUGGAACAAGACUCACCAUCGCCUGGUCGCGACCGGAGUGCAUAUCAAGAUGGAUCCUUCUCCGGCAAAACUGUGAGAGCUACGACAUGAGCAAGACUUCUAUUGCCUUUUGCUUCCCUAGAUUUGUUUGCAGAGUAUUUUAGACAGAGUUUGCUCCGUAUCUUUCUGGAUUUAAUGAUUUUCAGUUGCCUGUUC